AAAUGUGGGGCCGCUGCCCCUUGAAGUUCAACUUGCUUCUUGACGGAGUGGGAAGCAGUGCAUCCGUAUUGCCGCAGCCAGGGGCAAGGCGAGGAGAGAGAGGUGACCCAGACCUGAGUGGCCUGAGGAACAGCAAGGCAUGUUCUCCACAAAGCAGUCCCCGGAGCUCGCUCCGGAAGAGCGCCACCACCCCCCCUCCGGGGCUCCAGAGCCGGUCCUGGGAGCUGAUGAUGAUAACAUGAGUGAUGGAUGCUCUCAGAAGCUGGCAAUUGCUAAGUAUUUCCGAUUUCUACUGCUGGUCCUGAUUCCAUGCAUCUGUGCCCUCACGGUCCUGCUGAUCAUCCUCCUCUCCUUUCUUGGAACGUUAAAAAAACCCUAUUUGAAAUCAGAUGGGAGGGAGCCUUUGGUCACUGAUGGUGAAGUCCAAGUGCCUGAUGUUCACCUUGAAUAUUCCAUGGAGAAGAGCACUGUACAUCCCACCCAACACAUUCCAGAUGGGGCCGCAAAUGCUUCUCUCCCCGGGGACCCAAAUUACAGAAGCACAAGUGCCUGCUUGAAUAUCACCCACAGCCAAUGUCAGAUGCUGCCCUACCGCACCACACUGACACCUUUCUUACCAGCCACCAGAAACACGGAAGUGGAGAAGUUCCUCAAGUUCAUCACCUACCUCCACCGCCUCAGUUGCUAUCAACAUAUCAUGCUUUUUGGCUGCAGCCUGGUGUUCCCGGAGUGCGUCAGUGAUGGUGAUGAGAGUCAUGGCCUCCUGCCUUGCAGGUCCUUCUGUGAGGCUGCAAAGGAGGGCUGUGAAUCAGUCCUGGGGAUGGUGAACUCCUCUUGGCCUGAUUUCCUCACAUGCUCCCAGUUCAGGAACCAAACAGAAAGCAGCAACAGCAGCAGGAUUUGCUUCUCACCGCAGAACGAGAAAGGAAAGCAAUGGCUCUGCGGAGGUGGCCAGCGCUUUCUGUGUGCCAGCGGCAUCUGUGUCUCCAGGAACCUGCAGUGUAACGGCUACAAUGACUGCGGGGACUGGAGCGACGAGGCUCACUGCAACUGCAGUGAGAAGCUCUUUCGCUGUGACACAGGCAAGUGCCUUAAUCUAAGCCUGGUGUGUGACGGCUAUGAUGACUGUGGGGACCUGAGCGAUGAGCAGAACUGCGAUUGCAACCCCACCAAGGAGCAUCGCUGUGGAGACGGGCGCUGCAUCUCCAUCGAGUGGGUGUGUGAUGGCGACCAUGACUGUGUGGAUAAGUCCGACGAGGCCAAUUGCUCCUGCCACAGCCAGGGUCUGGUGGAGUGCAGAAAUGGCCAGUGCAUCCCCAGCACGUUCCAGUGUGAUGGAGAGGAAGACUGUAAGGAUGGGAGUGAUGAAGAGAACUGCAGUGACAGUCUGACCCCAUGUCAAGAAGAGGACCAAGGUUGCUUCUACAACUCCUGCCUCGAUCCCUGCGGGGGACCCUCGCCCUGUGCCCCCAGCACCGGUCCGAAUAACUGUAGUAAGGCUCUCUGCGAGCACUCCAAAGAACGCUGCGAGGCUGUGCUGGCCGUCGUGGGUUUGCAGUGGCCUGAAGACACACAGUGCAGUCAGUUUCCAGAGGAGAAUGCCGACAACCGCACCUGCCUGAUGCCUGAUGAAGACGUGGAAGAGUGCUCACCUAGCCACUUCAAGUGUCGCUCUGGACGAUGUGUUGUGGCGUCCAGAAGAUGUGAUGGCGACGCUGACUGUGAUGAUGACAGCGAUGAAGAAAACUGUGGUUGCAAAGAGAGGGAUCUUUGGGAAUGUCCGUCUAAUAAGCAAUGUUUGAAGCACUCGGUGAUAUGUGAUGGCUUCCCAGACUGCCCUGAUAGCCUGGACGAGAAAAACUGCUCAUUUUGCCAAGGUGAUGAACUGGAAUGUGCCAAUCACGACUGUGUGUCACGCAGACUGUGGUGUGAUGGCCAGCCAGACUGUUCGGACAGUUCGGAUGAGUGGGACUGCGUGACCCUCUGGAAGAAUGUGAAUGCCUCUUCGUUUCUGACUGUGCACAGAUCUGCCACGGCGCACCACGUGUGUGCGGACGGCUGGCAGGAGGCACUGAGUCAGCGGGCCUGCAGGCAGAUGGGUUUAGGAGGGGCAUCUGUGACAGCGUCAAUACAGGAACAGCUGCGAGACUGGCCGUGGCUGACCUUACAUUCCAACUGGGAGGACCUUCAUGGGAUCACCGUGCAGGGGCUGCUGGUGGAAGGGCAGUCUUGCCAGAGCAGCAGUGCGGUUUCCCUCCUGUGCACUGAACAAGACUGUGGGCGCCGCCCUGCUGCCCGAAUGAACAAGAGGAUCCUGGGUGGUCGGACGAGUCGCCCCGGAAGGUGGCCAUGGCAGUGUUCCCUGCAGAGUGACCCGAGUGGGCACAUUUGUGGCUGUGUUCUCAUUGCCAAAAAGUGGGUCUUGACGGUCGCCCACUGUUUCGAGGGGAGAGAAAACCCUGCGGUCUGGAAAGUGGUGCUGGGCCUCAACCAUCUGGACCACCCUUCGGCCUUCAUGCAGGUGUACCACGUCAAGACCGUCAUCGUCCACCCCCGCUACAGCCGAGCAGUGGUGGACUAUGACAUCAGCAUCGUGGAACUGAGCAGAGACAUCCAUCAGACAAGCUACGUGCGGCCCGUCUGCUUACCCUGCACGGAUCAGUCUGUCGAACCUGAUACAUACUGCUAUAUCACAGGCUGGGGGCACAUGGGCCACAAAAUGCCUUUUAAAUUGCAAGAGGGAGAGGUCCGCAUAAUUUCCCAGGAAGAGUGCCAGUCUUAUUUUGACAUGAAGACCAUCACCCCGCGGAUGCUAUGUGCCGGCUAUGAGUCCGGCACAGUGGACUCGUGCAUGGGUGACAGCGGUGGUCCCCUUGUUUGUGAGCGGCCUGGAGGACAGUGGACAUUAUUUGGUUUAACUUCAUGGGGCUCUGUCUGCUUUUCCAAAGUCCUGGGUCCCGGAGUUUAUAGCAACGUGUCAUACUUCGUCGAAUGGAUUGAGAGACAAAUAUACACCCACACCUUUCUCCUAAACUAAUUCCCAAGAUGACCGAAGAUUUUCGCCUAGCCAACUCGGAGUGAAUGGCCUUGGUGGAGUGGAGGGCUUCCUGCAGUAACGCGGACCAGAGCCCUGCGCACGAUGGGGAAUGCUUGCAAGUGCACUGUAAACUUCCAUGUUUGUUCCAGUCUAACUUUAUUCAUCGCUUUACUUUUAUUUUACUUCAUUCAAGGAAAGGCUUUCCAAAAGACAGACAAAGCAGCUCUUUUCCCUUGGCCAGGCUGCAGCAAGGAAUUAUCAGCUCCAGAGUGGUUUGAAGCGAGUGUCACAAGCCAGGGACUGCUUCUUGAUACCCUAUCACACACGAAAAGGAUGUCGAGAUGCACGCCGGCUCGUCUGCCAGCUUGUGUCUCAAACAGGAUAGCAGAGUGGCUCAUUUCAAUCGGACGGUGGAGGCUUGCUUUCUGAAGAGCCAGGCUUUAUACAUGCUUCUUUCGUCAUAGUUUUCCAACUUUUCUGUAGUUUUGAGAGGCCACGAAAGCCAGUCAGAGGUCAGAAAGCAGCAGCAUCCAUUUAGGUAGCGGAAACUGCGGCCAAAGCUCUUUAGCAACACUGGGCACGUUUCCAUUUUGGAGUUGUGUCAACGUGGCCAACCCAUUCCUGUCGAGCUAUGUGUACCUAGAUCAUGCCCCACAGCUGAGGUCGAUGCGGUUGGAGAUUUACACCACUUGGUCAAUGUUCUGGGGGAAAUGUGCUCCCCUAUGAGAUGAUGGAGGGAGCGCUGCUGGAGCAGUGGCUAUGCAGCUCUGCUGCUCGUGGCAAGGUCGGUGGUUUGAAUCCACCAGCGGCCCUUGUUGAAAAGAACGGGCAAUCUGCACCACCACCACCAUCACCACCCUCCAGCCCCUAAAGCUUACAGGCAUACCCUGGCUUAAUGAGCUUUGCAGAAACCGCGUUUUGUGGUGGUUGUUUUUACACACCGAAGGUUUGUGGCAACCCUGUGUGUUGAACAUUCCCCGCACCCCACCCCCACCCCCACCCCAUGCACUCACGCCACGUCUCUGUGUCUCAUUUUGGUCAUCCUUGCAAAAGUUCAACCUUUUCCAUCAUGCUUUUGCAUAUUCAAUAGACUAUAAUAUAGUGUAAACCCCCCAAAGUAGUGUGGCUCACUUUAUUGUCCUAUUGGCUGGAUUGCUUUAGUCUGGAGCCCAUCUUGCAAUAUCCCCAAAGCAUGCCUGGACAGCCAUGCACACCCUAUGGGGCAGCUCUACUCUGUCCCUUACGGUGACUGUAAGUCAGAAUCAAAUCAACGGCCGGCCCACAGCGAUGGCCGCCUUGACGUGGUGUGGAGAGUAGACUGCGCAGGGAGCCAGGCUUGCUGCAGGCCAAACAGAUGCAAACUUUUAAAGAGCAAGAAUGAAAUUGCACUGCACACCCCUACUGCUCUGUUUCCAGGUUGCCUGGGUUCACCUCUGCUAACAAAGUCACAGAAAUGUCUCUGGACCCACGGUUGAAUUUCGCCCACAGACAAACAUUUCGUAAUUUUCUUCGAUGGAAGUUUAACAUCUGGUGUCGCCACUGCAUUGUAAUCAUUCAAACAAAAAAAAAUUUUUUUAAUGCUUUUAAGCACUAGGUCACUUUACACAUAGCACGUAGUGGUUCCAGUCUUUUCCCACCCAAAGGCUGCAAAACCCAAAUCUCCACAUCGCCCUAACUGACUUUGCAGAGGUUUCUUCGGGCCAUCCAAAUGCUUCAUGGGCCCGCUGGACUCUGCAUACCGUCCACCAGCAACCCGGAUGGCCUCAGCACCCCACGGAAAGACUACCUGCAAUUUUGUACACAUAUUUUUGUACUCUUUUUCUAUGCGUACACAUCUUUGAAGUUCAAAUUAUUGUCCUGAAACUUAAAAUUGUGUUGGUCUCCUCUCUUGCAGUUUGCAAGUGUGAGACUUCAGCAACUGGGCGGUGGCCACCCCAAUUGUAUGAAAGCUUAAGAACAUAGAUCGGCUUUGUUAGAAUUGUAGGUACCCUGGCUAACGUAACAAUGUUAGUCUUGCUCAACUUCUGUUCACUUAAAUAUACGUAUUGUACUCAC